GAAACUCCCUGUGGGGAGAGCAAAGGGAGCCUGGGCCGCACCUUUCCCUGGGCCGGCCUGCAGCGCGCACAGGCACGGCACCUCCUGGGAUCUCCCCCGGCCCAGGGCGGGCAGUGGGGUCUACUGGUUAGAGCAGGGGGGCUGGGAGCCAGGAUCUGCCCCCUACCCCAUGGCCUCUUCUGCCCCCCAAUUGGGGUCUCUCUCCAAGGACUUCUCCUGCCCCGUGUGCCUGGACUGGCUGCAGGAUCCCGUCACCCUGCCCUGCGGCCACGUCUACUGCCAGGGCUGCAUCGAGACAACGUGGGGCACCCUGGGCGUCCCCCCUGCCUGCCCUGAAUGCCGGGAGCCCUGCCCCGACAGGAGAUAUGCCCCCUGCAGGCUGCUGAGGAAGCUGAUCGACCAGGCCAGGGGCCUGAGCCCUGGUGGGGCAGAGGAGGGGGCGUGCCCAGGGGGCAGGUGCCCGGAGCACAGCGAACCCUGGGGGGUGGAGGGCGGGGAAUUCGCCGCCAGGCAACCAGCCACAUCCGAAAACCUCCCGUUCCUCCCCAUCCACCAGGCCACUGGGCAGCAUCAGGAAGAGCUGCCCUCAGCCAUUGCCCAGCUGGAGUCCAGCCUCGCUCGGCUCCGGACGCUGAAGACGGAGGAGGAAGAGAGGAUUCGGAACCACCAGGUGACGGUGCUCAGCCUGGAAGAUCACAUCUCCACGGAGUUCGGGACGCUGCGGGGCUGGCUGGCCGCCCGGGAGGGGGAGUGGCAGGAGAGGCUGCGGCGGGCGGGCAGCGCCCAGCUGCGGGCGAUGCAGAGGAACCUGCAGGAGCUGGCGGGGAAAUGCCAGGCAGCCCAGGAGAUGCUCACCGAGGCCCAGGCCCACCUGCCCCAGCAGAACACGGUGGAGUUCCUGACAGACAUAAAAUCCUUCCUGGACUGGCACGGUUCUUCCCUCUCAUAUAGGGCGAAGAAGCAACCGGCUACCCCUUGUGGGCCGAAUACAGGGUCCCGAUCACAGACUCUGGGGCAAUUCAAAGGGCCGAUCCAGUAUACGGCCUGGAAGGACAUGAAAUCCAUCCUCAACAUAGAUCUCCCCCGGGUGACGCUGGAUCCCGCCACGGCUCAUCCCUGCCUGGUUCUCUCGGAGGACCGCACCCGGGUCCGGGACGGCCACGUCCGCCGGCCUCUCCCCGACACGCCCGCCCGCUUCGAUUUCUGCGUGGCCGUGCUGGGCGCGGGGGCGUUCACCUCCGGGAGGCGCUACUGGGAGGUGGAGGUCGGGGAGAAGCCGGCGUGGACGCUGGGCGUGGUCCACGCCUCCAUCAGCCGCAAAGGGAAGAUCCAUGCCUCCCCCAGCAAGGGAUUCUGGGUCAUUCGGCUCCGGGGCGGGGCCGAGCUCAUGGCCAAGGACACGCCCCCAGUGGUGCUCCGCCCCCAGGCCCUGCCCCACAGGAUUGGGGUGUACCUGGACUACGAAGGGGGCCAGGUUUCCUUCUAUGAUGCCCGGGGCAUGUCCCACCUCUAUACGUUCAGUGCCCGGUUUGCAGAGAGUGUGUAUCCCUAUUUCUGCCCCGGGCUCUAUGAUUCGGCGGGGAACACUACCCCCCUGAAAAUCUGCCCCUUGCCCUGAGCCAGCCAGUCCUCUGCCCUGGGGUCGGAUCAGAGCCGGCGCCCCUUAGAGGGAAAAGCCCCGUGCCCCAUUCCCUGCCCCCAUGAGCCAUCCAGUGGUUUUAUAAGCACCACCUUACCCAUAGAAAAAAAAAACUCUCAAACCCCUCAACCCCAGCUAUUUCAUGCUCCAAAGCAAGAAGGAGCCGAGCGCCAGGCCACACUGUAUCCUGCCAAGCGGGGACUCUGAAAAGGAUCUAAAGAUCCAGCUAGUGUGAUCCUGGGAUGCGCAAACAGGGGAAUGGCGAGUAGGAGCAGAGAGGUUUAUUUCCCCCCUGGAUUUGGCCCUUGUGCGACCGCUGGUGGAGCCCUGUGUCCGGUUCCGGUGCCCACGCUUCAAGAAGGACGUGGAUCGAUUGGCGAGGGGUCAGAGAAGAACGGUUAAAGGACUGGACAACCUGCCUUAGAGAGAGAGACUCCCGGAGCUCAAGCUGUUUAGAGGAACAAAGAGACGGCUGCGGGGUGACUAGAUCAUGGUCUACAAGUACCUCCGUGGGGAACAGAUGUGACCGUGGGCUCUUCAGUCUAGCAGAGAAAAGUCUAACAUGAUCCAACGGCUGGAAGUUGAAGCUAGACCAGUUCAGACGGGAAAUAAGGUGCAAAUUUGUAACAGGGAGGGGAAUUCACCAUGGGAACAAUUUCCCGAGGGCCGUGGUGGAGUGUCCAUCACUGGCAAAUUUUCAAUCAAGAGUGGAUGGGGUCCUGGUGGCAUCUUGGACUCCAGCCGCAGAUUAGCCAUCCUUGGUGGUAGGCCCUGGAUCCUCUGAAACAAUGCUGCAGACACUGGUCCUCACAGGAGACCGAUUUCCAUGUUGCCCCAUGAUCCAUAAUCGGUGGGCGAGUGAUAAGAGGCGAAGACGCACUUGAGUUGAAGGUACCGGCGUGGGAGCCAGGACUCCUGGGUCCUGGCUAGAGGCGGUGGGAAAGUUUCCAAAGAGGGACCAUGUUUGCGUAGGGAAAAAAUGCCAUGGAAACAUUCUGAUGACAUUUCGGGGCGGAGGGAAUGGCAGGGCCGGGGGAGAAUCAGAUCAGGGCAUUUUGGUUUUUUUGCUUCAACGUGAUGGUUCAUUUUGAUUUUUUUUUAAUUUUACAUUUAUCAUAAUUCUCAACCCGACACUGUUUAGGCCUGGAAGGAUUGGAUUUGUAUCUGCUCAUUUGUAUCCGUCAAUGUCAAUGUCACCCUCCACCAUGGAAAAAUAUUUCCAUUCGUAAUCAUUGAAAUGGACAGAUAAUCAAAGAAGCGUUUGGCUUUGAUGAGACGAUCAUUAAAGAACUAGCGGACUCUCCCAGAAUUUCCUGCAACUCUGAAAGUUUUAAGUUGAUAAAAAUAUCAAAAAGCUGACAAAUAAACGUCACGAUCAGUCCAAAUUAUAAAUGACAAAGCUAGUUCUCCCAAGCCGAAUAUUCAUAGAAUAUAAAUUGAAGUGAAAACUAAAUUGAGACCAGUGUGUGCUAGAUAGAAUACUUAAAUACAAUGAUAUAUGUAUACGUAUACAAUUAAUAUUUCAUAUGCAAUAUUUCAUAGUCUGGCUUUUAAAAAAUUAUAUAAAGAAUUGUCUAUUUAGUAGAACUAUA